AUGCAAAUGUCUUCAACAUCAACAAACUCCUCUCCUUCUCAUGUGGAAUCAUUGAAACAAGAAGAUUCACAACCAUCAUCAUCGUGUUUAUACGAAACUUUGAAACAACGUGUGUGCACCACCAUGUUAAAUCCCAUUCACACCACAAGUGCAGAUCCCAUCUUCUUUCGAUUGGCCAAUGAGCAAGAUCGAGAAUCUUUCUCUCAAUUAUUGUCCUUACGUGCAGAUUGUCUUGUGUUGGACACCAUUCUUUCUCAAUUGAAAGAAUUAAUAAAAUUGGAGAAUCCUUCUCCAACACUCACACAAGAAGAGACGAAUCAAUUCAUUAAUGAAAAGUUGAAUGGAAGACCUCAAGAAGAAUAUGGUGUUUGGGUGUAUUAUCCAUGGAAGAAUACAUUGAUCCAUUUGUUGGAUGAAAAGGAAUUCAUUCGAGUGAGAACCAUUCGAAACUUGUAUAAAAUCACUCAAGAGGAACUAGAAUUGUUGAAAACCAAGAAAAUUGGUGUGGUUGGAUUGAGCGCUGGACAUGCAGUGACUCUCACCAUGGCUAUGGAGAGAGGUUGUGGAGAAUUGAGAUUGGUGGAUUUUGAUCAUUUGGAAUUGACCAAUAUGAAUCGAUUAAGAACACGUGUUCAUGAACUUGGAAUUUCAAAGGCAAUCAUUACAAAGAGAGAAAUUGCAGAAAUUGAUCCCUUUUUAAAAGUCACCUUUUUCAAUGAAUCUCUUUCUCACGAAAAUAUUUCAACAUUUAUUGGAAGCGGAGAGAAUCAAUUGGACUUGAUUGUCGAUGAAUGUGACAACUUUCCAGUCAAAGUUCUUCUCAGAAAAGAAUGCAGAAAGUUAGGGAUUCCAGUGGUGAUGGAAGCAAGUGACAGGGGUCUCUUGGAUGUUGAAAGAUAUGACCUCGAUCAAACAUAUCCCAUUCUUCACGGUCGAGUGCCCAAAGAAUUUCUUGAUUUGAAAGAAUUCACACCAGAGCAAGCGAAAAAACUUCUCUUCUCCUUUUUGGAUCCAGUAGAAGCAAGUGAAAGAGGACUCGAGUCCUUUUUGGAAAUUGGAAAAUCCAUCACCACUUGGCCUCAACUUGCGAGUGAUGUGAAUCUUGGAGGAAGUGUUUGUGCCAUGGCUGCAAGAAUGGUUUUGCUGAAUCAGGGAAUUAAAUCACAACGAACAUAUGUGGACGUGCCCAACAUUAUCAAUCCCACAACGUUUAAUAUUGUGAAGAAGGGAAUGUUACUCGCUAAAUGUUUUGCUAAAUCUUUAAAGUAG